AUGAAGACUCUUGUGCUUGCAGUCAUCGGUCCUCAUGGAGCCGGCAAAACCUCCUUCAUUCAAUCCGUGACGGGAUGCGACCCCGUCAACCUGCCUCAAAGCCCUGCUGUCAUUGAAGAUGGCCAGUUCUCUUACACACCUCCUGACGUAUCCGAUGUCUCUCUGCAUCGCUGCAACCUCGCAUCCGGACAGACGCCAUACAUUCUCGUAGAUACCCCAGGCCUCUGUGCCCGAAGGGACAAUGCCCCGGACCACGAGACGGUCAGCUUCAUUAAGGCCCGGCUCGACCGCGCAAACGUCCAGCUCGACGGCGUUAUCUACCUCCAGCGCAUCAUGGAAGCGACCAGUGCCGACUUUGCGAUUCGCAACCUCGAACACUUUCACGAGACGUUCAAGUCGGACGAGUUCCAGCACGUCGUGGUGGCGACGACCUUUUGGGACGUGGCGCCCGAGAUUGGCCCGAUGAGCGACCAGUUCUUUCUCAAUGAGCUUCGCCGGCUAGACGCCUCGAUGCAGAUGGAGCACCGGACGGCGCGGCUGUAUAACGACUUCGAGUCGAGCAUCGUUCUCCUGAGGAAAACCCAGCGUGUGUCAACCUUCCACCCCCUUGGAACUUACGAGUCUAGUCUUGGUAAGUCCGCAUACUCUGUUGGGCCCUGGGAAGAUAUCCUUUCGAAUGGCAAGUGCUGUAUGAUGUGA